ACAAGCGCAUCGAAAUACGGUGCACCGAGAAUUAAGAAACUGAGGAUGCACAGAGCCCAUGCUGGUUCAAACACAACAAUUGCGACGAGCCAAAACAGUUUCACUUUCAGAGCCACAAUGGAGCCAGUUUCAGCGCUCCUCGCCGCGCGGAAGGGAGGGCGUGCGGCUCGCCGAUUGGGGUAAAGUCAUUUUGAACGAUUUAUAUCACAACCUACGUGCUUCACGAGAGUCCAUUCUGUUCCAAUCGCCAGCAGAAAGGCGUGGCUGCCCAAAAUCUUCGACGAAUGGUGAAAAAAUGGGAGGGCACGAGUGAGCUGCGUGAUGUCCUCUCCGAAGGGCGACUUUGAAGAUUCUGCAUGAGGUUAGAUUGUGGCCAGACCGAAAUGAAAUGAGUGGCUAAUGACUGACCUCUUCCACUGCACCACCACCACCAGCAACCUGUAGCAUCUAACCAGUGCCUCUUCACCAGCCUGAUACACAAACACACCCACAUACACAGAACACCAUCAGACUGUGACAUCAGGUGCAAGGGGAUGACCGAACGCAUUCACCACAUUAAUCUCCACAACUUUAGCAAUUCUGUACUUGAGACCCUCAAUGAGCAGCGAAACCGCGGGCACUUCUGUGACGUGACGGUUCGGAUCCACGGUAGCAUGCUGCGAGCUCACCGCUGUGUGCUGGCUGCAGGCAGCCCCUUCUUUCAGGACAAGCUGCUCCUGGGCUACAGUGACAUCGAGAUCCCCUCUGUGGUUUCUGUGCAGUCCGUCCAGAAACUGAUUGACUUCAUGUACAGCGGCGUGCUGCGGGUCUCCCAGUCCGAGGCGCUACAGAUCCUCACAGCUGCCAGCAUACUACAGAUCAAGACCGUUAUCGACGAGUGCACCCGCAUUGUUUCGCAGAAUGUUGGCUUCGCUGGAUCUGGCAGCUUUUCCGUCGUCCCAGGCGACUCGGGGCAGGAGACGCCUCGGGGAACUCCUGAGUCUGGCACCUCCGGUCCUAGUAGUGAUGCCGAAUCAGGCUACAUGCAAACAUCUCACCAGAGCCUUGACCGUGUUUACUCCUCGCUGUAUUCCAGCUGCUCUGGGUUGGGCCUGCAAAACGGGACCCGUGGAAAUCGCUCCCACUAUGCCAGCACCGUGGUGACAGCCGGCUACGACUCACCCCUUCCUCUACAGCAGAAGGAGGGAGGGCAGGACCCUGCCUGGAUCACACGCAUCCACGAGCGCUCGCAACAGAUGGAGCGCUUCCUAGCCACGACAGAGACUACACACUGCCGUAAACAGCCUCGUCCCGUGAGGCUCCACACGGGUGAUAUUCACAUCAAGCAGGAGCAAGGGGACGAGUACACCUGCUACGGGCUGGAGGACUGCCGUGAGGACAGCGAGCAGCUGGAGUGCGAGCCCAAAGGCGAGAGCUUCGACUCCGGCGUCAGCUCUUCCAUCGGCACGGAAACGGAUUCUGUCGAGCAGCCUUUCUUGUCUGGGUUCACUCGAGACAACUGUCCAAACAAAGGCCAGCAAGGUGAGCGGGGAACCCCUGUGCAGAUCGAGGUCAACGAUUCAUCCCCCGAGCAAGAGUCGGUUGAAGACGGGAAUAGAAACGGUCCUUCUCAAGAGUGUGGCGAGCUUGGAAUCUAUCAGCCGCCACAAGCACCCCAGUCGAUGCCUGCUGGGCCGUACCUGCGGCCAGGUGAGCCACUUACCAGCAACCUGCGUAUGCCCCUCACCCUAACCAGCAACACCCAGGUAAUGGGAACCGCAGGCAACACGUACUUGCCUACACUCUUUGCAACCCAGUCAGCCAGCGACAACAAGCCUUUCCUCUUCAGCCUGCCCCAGUCCAUUGGAAGUCAGCAGCCCCAAUUUGUGGCAGUGCCCUCUCCGUUCCCCAGCGGACUGACCGUGCCACCGGCUGGAAGUCAACAGCAAGGUAAUGCUGCCGUGGGACAGCAUGGGGAGAAGAAGCCCUACGCAUGCACUCUUUGUUCAAAGACCUUCACUGCCAAACAAAACUUCGUGAAACACAUGUUUGUGCACACAGAGGCUUAUGUGACCCUGGAGCACAAAACCAGUCAUAAGGGUGGCUCUUUUGGAGUCGGAAGCACCGGAGUGAGCGUCGCUGCGGAAGCAAGCUGCCAGGAGGGGACCACCUACAUGUGCUCCGUGUGCCCUGUCAAGUUUGACCAAAUCGAGCACUUCAAUGACCACAUGGGCAAGCAUGUCUCCGACGGAUAA